UACAAUCAGUUAGUCGUUUCAAGUGUUUUGUGGCAAAUACCCUAAACUGAAAGAGUAUUUUUGUCAUUUUCCAGUAGAAAAUCACCAUGAAAUAUUUACUAUUCAUUUGUUUAACUUUCAUCUGUUUAUCCAUCUACUGUGGAAAUGUUGAAGCAGCAUCAGCGUCACGACAGUUCAAAGCUGUUUCUAUAGGACGAGAAGCUGAUACUGCAGAUGAUGAUCAAACUAUAGAACCAGAAGAUGGAGAUGAAGAUAACGAUGAUGAUGAUGAUGAUGCAACUAUAGAACCAGAAGCUAUGUCUCUGAAACUAGAAGGUGUUUAUAUGAGACCAGAAUCUCUUUUUAUGGCACCAAAAGCGUAUUCUAUGAAAUCCAAACGGUCCAAUAAUGCUGAAGAUGAAGAUGAAGAUAACGAUGAUGAUGACGAUGAUGCAACUAUAGAACCAGAAGCUAUGUCUCUGAAACUAGAAGGUGUUUCUAUGGGACCAGAAUCUCGUUUUAUGGCACCAAAAGCGUAUUCUAUGAAAUCCAAACGGUCCAAUAAUGCUGAAGAUGAAGAUGAAGACAACGAUGAUGAUGACGAUGAUGCAACUAUAGAACCAGAAGCUAUGUCUCUGAAACUAGAAGGUGUUUCUAUGGGACCAGAAUCUCGUUUUAUGGCACCAAAAGCGUAUUCUAUAAAAUCCAAACCGUCAAAUAAUGCUGAUUUAAUGGUAAUGGUUAUGAAAAUGAUGCAAUAUGCACAAAAUAAACAGUGGGAUCGUCUCAUUGAAACUGGAAUGCAAUUAAUGAAUCAAGUAAUGGCACAAAUGGGAUCAGGUGACUUACAAAGUAGCUUAAAAACCUAUCUUCCAUUAAUCGAAAUGGUUGCAACUAUGCUUUUAAAACAAUACGGAUAAAUAUUGGAUGGUACAACGGCAUACAGGAAUACUGAUAAUUAAUUAUUU